GACUAAGCAUUCACAAUGAGCGGAGCCAGUAAGAUUUCCAAGUCAUCACUGGUGAACUCUCUGGCCAAAAGGUAUGAUCCAAAAGACUUAAAGAAUCAAGGGCCCAUACAAAAAACAUCAAAAACUUUGUUAUUCACAAAGACAAACACAAACAUCAUGGAGACAAAGCUGGACUGUCUAAACCUUAAAGUUGAUAAUAUAUUGGUAGAACAAAACAAUGUUUUUGAAAAGCUGGAACUUAUCUCCCAGGAUAUUGUGGACAUUGAAAAUGACCUCCACGGGAUAAGAACAGAGAGCGCCAAUGCUGAAAAAGCACAGGAAAUAUCUGAAGACAAGGAUAUAUUUGUAGAAAUGAAAGGGCAUUUUGUGGAAAUGAUCAGCUAUCUCUCAUCAAUAAACAAAUAUUCAGAGGAGCAGGCAAAGCGGCUGGAUGGAGUCGAAAAAAUAUUACUGGGCACUCAGAGUGUAAUUCAUUUUCUAAUAGAACAAAUCAAAUUUUCCACUUUUUUUGAGGCUGUCCAGCGAAAAGAUAAGCCCACAAAGUCACCAACGGUUAAUAUAAAAAUGACCGUAAAUCAUAGCAAAGAAAAUGUUAAAGAAAAAGGGAAAAAUUGCGUGACAGGUAUUGGGACCAAUAGGAAAAAAGAAGCACAUCUAAACAAAAUAAAUCACAAGAUCUUCAGUGAACAAAUCACAAGUGAAAAGAAGAAAAAUGUGUCCUUGAGUUUGAAAGGAACAAAGUCUAUCAAGAAGAAGAAGCCGCCAGAUGCAGAGCGUUCUGUCCAAAAGACCCAGUCCCGCAAAUAUAAAGAAAAGGUGCAAAAACUCAAUAAAGAAAAUACAGAAAAGGCAUCUGUUAUAUUGGUUGACAACAAAUCUGCAGAAGUAAAGUAUGAAGAGAACUUUAUAUCAAUAGAUAUACCAAACACACACAUCAAACUUGAUGUGCCUGAGGACAGUCCCAUUAUUUUUUCUGUUGUGGAAGAAGAUGAGCGACCUACUGUGAAUGAAGACUGUGGCCUACUACCAGAGGUGAGUGACAAAGCUGAGGACACAGGGGAAAGCUUGGCCAACAUUCAGGACGAUAAAGGAGAAGAACAACUUAUUUUAGUCUCUGAAGAUAUAUCAGACAUACAAAGAGAUGAAGAUAGUGAGGGUAACUAUAAAGCUCAUGAUGAACAAGAGGAGGAUGACAGCAGCAUCCAUUAUCUUAUAAUUAGUGAAGAAAUUAAUGCUGUGCAAGAUUCCACAGAGUCAACAGAAUCAGAAUCUCCAGUCAGUGGCAUUGACACAUCUGCUCAUGAUGACACAGAAUAUGAUACAGCCUGUACACCUUCAAAAGAAAGGGAGGAGAAUGAAGAGGAUGUACAAACGGUGUCCACAGAAGAAGAAGAUGAUGAUGUUGAUGACGAAAAAGAGACUUUAGAUGAGUGCUCACUAAAUGGUGAUAUCUGCCAUAGUGAGCAGGGCUGGAACAGCAAGAGACAGUUAACUGACCAUGCUCAUAUGAAAGUAGACAGCAAGAAGAGCAGACUAGAUGAAAAAGACACAGAGGAGAGCACCACCUACCAGGACUCUGAAGCAAUAACAACAACAGAGGAUAUAAAUAACAAGGAGACACAGGCAAGCAAUUGUGUAGAAGAAAGUAAAGAACAUUUAUCCUUAAAGGAAGAAACAGAAUUGUUGAUCCUUGAAGUCACACCUCCUCCUCCAGCCCCUUUUGAUCACAGAAUUGUCUCUGCCAAAAAUGCCCAGAUUAAUCAUUUUUAUACCGUGGAAAAGACACAGGUGCUUGGUGGUGGAAGGUUUGGUCAAGUGCACAGGUGUGUAGAGAAUGCAUCAGGACUUACCCUGGCAGCCAAAAUUAUCAAGGUCAGAGGACUCAAAGAAAAGGAGGAAGCAAAAAAUGAGAUACAUGUUAUGAACCAGCUCAACCAUUCUAAUCUUAUCCAGCUAUAUGACGCCUUUGAGUCCCGAAAUGACAUAAUACUUGUUAUGGAAUACGUAGAUGGUGGAGAACUGUUUGACAGAAUUAUUGAUGAGAAAUGCAAUCUCUCUGAAGUCGAUACAAUAUUAUUUAUUAAGCAAAUCUGUGAAGGAAUUCAGUUCAUGCAUCAAAUGUACAUUAUACAUCUAGAUCUUAAGCCAGAGAACAUCAUGUGUGUAAGCAGAGCUGAUUAUCAGAUCAAAAUUAUAGAUUUUGGCUUGGCUAGAAGGUAUAAACCAAGGGAAAAAUUGAAAGUGCACUUUGGUACGCCAGAGUUCCUUGCCCCUGAAGUUGUGAACUAUGAUUUUGUAUCCUUUCCCACAGACAUGUGGAGUGUGGGAGUCAUCACUUACAUGCUGUUGAGUGGGCUCUCACCAUUUUUAGGUGAAGAUGACAAUGAAACGCUAAACAACAUCGUCGUGUCUCAGUUUGAUUUUGAUGGGGACGAAUUUUUAAAUAUUUCAGAAUCAGCAAAGGACUUCAUCACUAAGUUGCUUAUAAAGGAAAAAUGCUGGAGAAUGAGUGCAUCCGAAGCUUUAAAACAUCCAUGGUUGUCAGACUCCAAACUGCAUUAUAGAAUUGGCCAGCAGGUGUCUAAAAUGAGAAAGAUGCAAAGCUGUUCUUUGCCUGAGGCACCUGUGGAUCAGUGACAUGUUCCAGGCUAGUGAUAAGCAGAAACACUGCUGUGUGGCUUCUGCUGUGAGACAUUUGAGCAGUUCUGGUGCUGUGACCUUCUAUGAGAUGACUUGGGCAAUUACCAGCUGGACUAGCGCCAUUUCAACUACAGGGCUUGGCUAACUUCACUCUUUCUACUUUCACAUGUUAAACUGUCUCUGUCACAAAUCCCUAAGUAUUUCUAACUACUUCCAAGAGUUUGACAUGAUUAAGUAUCCUUACCUGUAGUUGUAAAGUGGGAAUAUGCUCGUAUUGCCAGUUAAAAUGCAUUGCCUUCUGAUCAUUAUAUAAUUCUGAAUUCUCCUAACAUUCACACUUGUACCACAUGCCCGAAUUGUGGCUUUCUCCUGUAGUACACUCUACUUACAUAGAUUUGAACAACGUUCAUGUGUUUGACAUUGGAUAUCUUGCCCUUUUAGCCUGGAACACUGUCAGUGUUUCCAUGUAUGGGUGGUCUAUUGUCAAUAAAAUGAGUAGUUUGCCACUAACUAGUAAAAGGAUGAAUCACAGCCAUAUGCAACAAGUCAUGUGUAGUACAGAUUCCUAGUAGUCAUUGUGCUGGAGCUACCUAGUUUCUCAGCGCUUGGUGACACGCUUGACUGGACCAACUUGAUAUUUAAAAUGUACAGUAAAGGCUUUGAUUUUGUUAGACUUCACAUAUUCAGGACAAGCAACUUGCCCAAUUAGAUUGUGGCAUUUAGAGAAACUUAUUUACAUUACAUUAAACUGCUGUUUUAUUAUUUUGCUUUGCUUUAGACAAUAGUACAUUUCUAGUUGGUCCAUCAAACCAUGUCCAAAAUGAGUUCAGUAUGUAUGCAGCAGGGGGAUCUGUGUAGGUUCAUGUUUACAGUAGGUGUGCAGGUGCGGUGUCUGUGAUCAGCAGCUGCCCGAGUAUCAGGUGUGCCUGGUGUUUGAUAGUCUACUUUUAGACACAUGCAUUUGAUAAUAGAGGGUUAUGAAUUACUAAAGGGUUAUUUAUUAAGAAUAUGAUGUGGCUGCCAGGACUUAUCUGUGAAAUCAUAAACACUGAAAAUAUGGCAAUUGUUUGACAAGUUAGCCUUUAAUAAAGGCUUUUUAAGAUUACAUUCUUGUAGUUGUGGAGCUUGAUACUUAAAA